UUCACAAUUAAAGAAAAUAUUAAAAGUUUGAGAAAUAUUUAGAUAACCUCUGGUCGAACUAUGUUUUUAUUUUACAGUCCAUUUGAAAAAUUGAUUAUUUAGUGUUAUUGUGUGACCCAAAAAAUACGUUUACAAAGAAAAAUGAAGACAUUGAUUUUUUUGGUAAUCAUUGUAAGUUGCAUAAGCAGAAGCUUCCAAAUGACAUGUGAUCGAACGUACGCUAUCACUAUUUGUUACCAAAUACAUAUAUCUAAAGCAAACCCUCUACUAAUAGAUGACUAUAAUAGCAUGCUUUCGAUUUCUCUGGAUGAACAAAGUGAUACCAUAUAUACUAAUGCAUUUAUACGACUUGCUGAAUUAAAACGAUUAAUUUUAAGCAACAACAAGAUAAAAACUCUGGAACUGGGAAGCUUUAACGGUCUUAGUAAAUUGGACCUAUUAUCUUUGUACAAUAAUUCGUUGACAACUGUUGAUAGUAGUACAUUUCAAAAUCUUCACAACUUAGAAAUACUAAGUUUGGGUUCCAAUCAAAUAACAUCGAUUUCUAAUGAUGGUUUUCUUGGAUUAGAUAAGUUAGAAGAACUCAAGUUAAGUUUUAACCAGCUGGCUGAGUUUCCUGUUCAAAUAAAUACCAUUAAGACACUUCGAAAGUUAGAUCUGAAUGGCAAUAAAAUAAAAAGUCUUAAAGCUAAUUCGUUUUCCAAUCUAAAGAAGCUGGAAAAGUUAAAUCUCAAUGAUAACCUUAUAAAUUCUUUAGAAGCUAAAUCUUUUGCUGGUCUAAGCAAUCUUAGGGAAUUAAGUCUUAAGUCAAAUUAUUUGAAGCAGUUCAAUACACAAGAUGUUUUGGAAGACUUAGGUUCCCUACAAAGACUGAAUCUAGCUAUUAACGAUUUGAAGUGUGCUGAUUUGAAAAAUAUUGAUAACGAAUUGCAAAGAAAGAGGAUCACAUUUGAGGAAGGUAUAAAUAAACAGAAUCCAAGUACUUUCAAAGGCAUAAAAUGUAAUAACUAAUAAUUAUUAUAAAUCAUUAUAAAAUAUAGUCAAUUAUCGUCAAAAAUUGUAAAAAAAAUCAGUGUCAAUCAAGAGACAUACAAUGGAAUGCAUAAAACGUAGUACCUGCUAAUGCUUCAAGUGUGUACUUCAUUUUAAAAGAUUUUACUACACUUACACAGAAUUACUACACUUACAAAUGCUUUGUAAUUAUUUUACUGUAUUUACAAUGCUUUGUAAGUGUAGUAAAAUCUUAAGAAAAGUAGCACAUACUUGAAGCAUUAGCAUGAACUACGUUUUAUGUAUUCCACCCAUAUACUCUUUUUUGGAUAAUAUAUUUUAUGUUUUCUUUUUUUUUAUA